UCUUGCGCAAAAACAUGCGCAUUUGACCAGUGAAUCACAGCUUUCCCAUCUUUUCUAUCUAUCGAGUUUUCACAGAUCUCGAUAUUUGGGCACCAUCGGAUUUCUCCGAUCUGCACAUCCAGCUUUGAAAUCUUCGAUGCGGCUCUUGGGCUGGGCCACUAGUCGAACGACCCACCGAAACGCGAGGUGGUUAGUCGUCAUACCGUAGUAAUAACUCCACCAACCCACUAUUAUUUCCGUGAUGGCUUCUAUAUUGAAGUGAAGAAAAAAUGUUUGAGCCAUCUCAAAGGUAUAUUAUUUAAAAAACCCCUGUGCCAUGGGUCGUAUGAUCUCUUCACUCAUCUUGCUCUCCAGGAAAUUCCCUGCACUGGUUUCCCUUCUACGUCCCUCUAUCCAGGAUCCUUAGCCGUCGCCGAAUCACGACAGAGAUACGCAAGCAAUACAAAUCUUGCCUUGACAUCUUCUUUCGACAUCAUUCGACAUGGGUGAAGACCAUGAAAGCCGUGACCGUGACAGCUCGGACCGUGAUAGCCAGGAUCACAGCAAACAUCCGAAGCAUCCCAAGAGCAAUGUUCCUCGAAAUAUAACCGUGCUAGAAGGGCAUUUGAUCGCUGCAGCGAGUGAAUUCGUUGGCACAUUCAUGUUUCUCUACAUUGGGUUCAUGGGCCAGGUCAUGCUCACAGACCAGAGCUCUGAAUUUGCGCCAGUCGGCGGCAAAAGCGAUCAGACCAAUAUCUUUGCAUCACUGGUGUAUGGAUUCAGUCUGCUAGUAAAUGUGUGGGCGUUCUUCCGAAUCAGUGGAGGCUUGUUCAAUCCUGCUGUCACUUUUGCUAUGGUUCUGGCCGGACAGAUGUCAGCCAUCCGCAGUGUCUUUCUGAUGCCGACCCAAUUGAUCGCCGCUAUGUGUGCAGCUGGUCUGGUGUCAUGCAUGAUUCCCGGCGACAUCUCGAGCGUAAACACGGUUCUCGGGCCGAAGACCAGCAUUGUUCAGGGCGUCUUUAUCGAGAUGUUCAUGACGGCUGAACUGGUAUUCGUCGCCCUUAUGCUGGCGGCCGAGAAGAGCAAAGAUACCUUUAUCGCACCCAUUGGUAUUGGACUCGCGCUGUUUGUGCUAUUGAUGGCCUCGGUCAACUUCACCAGUGGCUCUCUCAACCCGGCACGCAGCUUCGGUCCCGCCGUGGCUAGUACUUCUUUCACUGGCUAUCACUGGAUAUACUGGGUUGGCCCAUACUUGGGAGGCCUCCUCGCCGCUGGCUUCUACCGCGCCGUCAAAUACUUCAACUACGAACAGGUCAAUCCCGGUCAAGAUGCUACGGAUGCCAUGCACUUGCACACACAGUCUCGACAAGGCGAUAAAGAGGGCGGUGCACAGCAAUAUGUUUAAGAUAAUCAAACCCAUCUAAGGGUUAUCUAAGAAGUAGCUAUUUGCAUUUUGGGAAAGGCUCUGGUUGGUUUUGUAUUCUUUCUGCAUAGCGGUUAAAUAUUCGUUCUCUGUAUACUGUUUCAAAACGAACGCAUUACUAUUGAGGAUAUCCUUUUUAUACUGCUGGCAAGUCCUUCUUAAUCAAAUAUAUGUGUAACUUCCAUCAAUCUUUUCCCUUCCUAAAUUAUAGCCAAUCCUUUCCUCUCAACGGGUAUCGCAACACGCCAUUCAACUUCGGCCGUCACACGCAAAAUCAAGGACGCAAACCGACAUAUAUGAAACACAAUAACUAUUCUUUCCCUGAAUAUCUUAGUGUUAAAUCCCUGAAUCGCGACCGCCACCUAAAGCAAUUAUCCAACUAUGGUUCUGGUCGGCGACGGGCGCGCGAACACCACGCUUCGCCUCGUCAUCGCAUGGCAACCUUCCGUUCAAGGCAAACUGCUCCGAAACCCAUCGAUCACAGUGUCCUUUGCAUGGUCAACUACAAUAUUGUCAACCAUGUUCUCGCAAUACAUCGGUUUUCAAGGCAUCGCAAUUAGCGAUUUUGUUCCGCGUUGCUUGCGCCGUUUGGUUGUGCGCGCAUGUGUACUUUCGCUUCAUCAGGAACGCAAUUCAGGUCGCAUGGAUUAUCUAAAAGGGGAAACGGAGACUUCAAUACACAGUCAGACUUCUUCUCGUCAAUAUUAAUCGACCGCAAGAUCGGACUUCGCCAACAGCCCUCCAAGUCUGUAUUUCGCGGCUCUU